AUGAAUAAUUCAAUUAAUAGUUGUAGUGAUGAAUCAGAUUCAUUUUCAGAUUAUGAAGAGGAUUUAGUGGGUACAUCUAUUGUAAAUAUUGACGAAGAUAAAGAACCAUUAUUAUUUAAUAAUCAAGAUGGCGCAUCUUUACUUGAAGAUUCUGAAAAAAAAGGUCAAGAUAUAUUAGAAGAAAUUAAUAAAAAGAAAUCUAUUUUUCAACAUAAAUAUUUAAAAGAUGUUUUAUUAAUUUAUGCAUUGUAUUCCUUAUUGACAAUGACAAGAAUUUGUUAUGGACUUUUUAUACCUAAUGUUAUGAUAAAUUAUGUAAAAGCAGAGUACCCAGAUUACACACCAGAGCAACUUCAAAGCAAAGCGGCCUACUACAAGAGCUUUCUCGAUGCCAUCCCAUACAUUUUCAUGUUUUUAUUUGGUCCAUUAGCCGGCGCUAUCAGUGACAAGUAUGGAAGAAAGGUAUUGUUGUACUGGGCUGCUGGUAUUGAAAUUGUUGAUAUGAUAUCAUGUGUAAUUACAAUUAAAACCAACAGUUUAGUGCCAUUUUUCAUUGGCCACAGCGUUGCCGGUACCACAAAUGUAUCGAUAGCAGCAGUGUAUUCAUAUUUGGCCGAUAUUACAGAGGAAGAUAUGGUUCCCACAACUUAUGCAAUGACCGGUAUGGCCAUGGGUUUCGGUAUUAUCACUGGUCCAGGCGUGUAUCUCAUCACUUCGCUCUUCCCAAAUAUCUUUUUCUUGACACUAUACAUGACAAUUGGUAUACUUGUGUUUGCAAUUAUAAUCAUUAUCUUUUUAAAGGAAUCUCUAAACAUCGCCAAAGAGAACGGAAAAAUCAAACCCCACAAAAAAACAUCAAACCCAUUCAAACUAAUCAAAAGAGUAUUCUCGGCAAGUGCCUAUGUAUCAUUAGUUAUUUGUAUUUAUAUCGUAGUUAGUUUUUGUCUUCAAGAUAUUAUGUCAACAUAUGUUUAUUCAACCGCACUAAGAUAUGGUUGGACACCAAAAGACACCUCAUUCUUUAUGGGUGGAAAUGGUUUUUUUAUGUUGGUGUGGAGUAUUUUAAUCGUACCCACUUUAUUAAAAUAUUAUUCUGAAAGAAAAAUUAUUUCAUUGGCUUUGUUAAUUGGUUUUAUUGUAAGAGCAGCUUAUGCAUUUGCGUAUAUACAAUAUAUAUGGAUUGCUGCAGCAUCCUUUGGUGCAUUUGUGCCAAGUUCUAUUAGUUUGUUAACCUCUGUUAUCAGUAGAGCAACUCCUGCUGAAGUAAGAGGUUCCAUUUUAACUGGUGUCCAAUCGGUUGGCUCAUUGGCUGGUUUUCUUGGUGCAUUGACAGCUGGCAAUAUCUAUAGUUUUGCUAUAUCUAAAAAAAGCCCCAGAUUCUUCCCAGGUGCCCCAUACAUGUUAUCAUCGUGUAUACUCUUUUUAGCUUUUUUCGGUAGUCUUAUAAUUUGGAAAAAAUAUUCAAAUCCCACCCCAUUAAGAAGAAAGAGAAUACCAAAAUCGAAAUCAUUCUCUGUUAACAGUUAG